CUGUUAUGUGUUUUCCCUCUCUGUCCCCUUCAGGGAAAUGACCUAAUAUACUUUGCAUUGCAAAUGUUUUGGUUACGCAGUCUAGCUGUUGGCAGUCAGGUGUAAUGUUGCCUCGAAGGCUGUUUAAGAGGUUAUCUGCAACAUUUUGACAGGCUGCAGCAGAGACCGUCCUGCCUCCGUGGGAAAAGUGUUCGAUGCCCGAGGAUCCCUGAAGGAUGGAGAAGUACGAGAAGAUCGGAAAGAUCGGAGAGGGCUCCUACGGCGUCGUCUUCAAGUGCAGAAACAAAGACACGGGGCAGAUCGUCGCCAUCAAGAAGUUUGUGGAGUCGGAGGACGAUCCCAUCAUCAAAAAGAUCGCACUGAGGGAGAUCAGGAUGCUCAAGCAACUCAAACACGCCAACCUGGUGAAUCUGAUCGAGGUGUUCCGCCGCAAGCGGAAGCUUCACCUCGUGUUCGAGUACUGCGACCACACGGUGCUCAACGAGCUGGACCGCCAUCCCAGAGGCGUUCCUGAGCACCUCGUGAAAAGUAUAACCUGGCAGACGCUUCAAGCUGUCAACUUCUGUCACAAACAAAAUUGCAUUCACAGAGACGUCAAGCCGGAAAAUAUCCUCAUCACCAAACAGCAGGUCAUCAAACUGUGCGACUUUGGGUUUGCCAGGAUUCUCACUGGUCCAUGUGACUACUACACAGACUACGUGGCGACUCGUUGGUACCGGGCCCCCGAGCUGCUCGUGGGAGACACUCAGUACGGCCCUCCGGUGGACGUGUGGGCGAUCGGUUGCGUCUUCGCUGAGCUGCUGUCGGGGAUCCCGCUGUGGCCCGGGAAGUCUGACAUGGACCAGCUGUACCUGAUCAGAAAGACUCUCGGAGAUCUGAUCCCUCGACACCAGCAGGUCUUCAGCAACAACCAGUUCUUCUGUGGAGUUUCCAUCCCGGAGCCUCAAGAGAUGGAGCCUUUGGAGCAGAAAUAUCCAAAUCUCUCACAUCAGGCUCUGAGUCUCAUGAAGGGUUGUCUGAGGAUGGACCCGUCCGAGCGUCUGACCUGUGAGCAGCUCCUCCAGCAUCCGUACUUCGACAGCCUCCGAGAAAGAAACGAGAGCACCUCCCGAGAGCAGGACCGCUCGAGCAACAAGAGGACGCGCUUACCUCGCAAACACCUUCCUCCCGGGUAUUUGCCUCAGUUGACCAGCAGCAGCAUCUUUCCAGCUGUGGACAAUAAGAGAUACUACAACAACCUGCGCAAGUUCAACUAUCACCUGCCGAACAUCUGAACUCGCUUCUCGUGAGCCGAGUUUAAAAUUUUCUGACAGAAACUCAGGAGACGAAGCAGAUUUCUGGUAGCACCUUUUUUUUUUUUU